UUGAUUUGUUUUUUUCGACAGAAACGAUAAGGCGAAAUGCAGCGUGUUUUCUCUUUUCUUUCUCUGGCGUUUUGCCUGGGUCUUACUUGUUCUCUCGAGAAUGAAAGGGAAUCGAGUAUGGCUUCAGCCGUAGUGCAUGGUAGUAACGAUUUUGCGCUAAGAAUUCUCCAAUCUCUAUCGAAAUCUAGUGCUAGCAAUGUAUUUUUCUCGCCUCUAAGCAUGUCAAUGGCUCUCGGUUUAGUAUACUUAGGAUCAAGAGGAACUACUGCGAUUCAGAUUGCCAACAUUUUUGGAUGGAAGGAGAGUGAAUUUGAGGAGACGCAUAGGACAUUCAAGCAAUUCCAUGAGGCCCUGCUUACGAGUGAUCUUGGUUAUGGAGAAAUACAACUUGUGAACAAGAUUUGGGGACAUGAUGAGUUUGAAAUACUUGAGGAAUUCUUGCAUGGGACACGGGAGUUCUACCAUUCAGAGAUGGCUCAAGUUGACUUUGUAAACAAAGCAUUUGAUGCUAGAAAAGAGGUCAAUGCCUGGGUACACCAACAAACUAAAGGGAACAUAAAAGAAUUGAUUCCACAUGGAGUUAUCAAUUCAUUGACCAAAUUAAUUAUUGUUAAUGCAGUUUAUUUCAAAGGGGUUUGGAAGAAGGAAUUUGGAGAAGAGAACACUUUCCAUGCUGCAUUCUUUGUACCUGAAUCCCAUGAGUCAAAGAUUGAGGUAGAGAUGAUGACAGGAAAGAUGAAAGUUAAUUACUAUUAUGAUGCUGACAUCAAGUGUAGAGUAGUAGAGUUGCCCUAUAGUGGAGAUGAUACAGCGAUGGUGAUCAUUCUACCUGAAGAGCAUAGUGGAAUAUUUAGUCUGGAGAAAAGCAUAGAUGUUGAGAUCAUGGAAAAGUGGAGAAGAUUAAUGAUAAACACAACUGUUGAGGUAUCCAUCCCAAAGUUCAGACUGAGUCAAAAGCUUGAGCUAAGAUCCCUCUUGCAAGACCUAGGAGUGAGUGACAUAUUUGAUUCAAGGAAAGCAGAUCUAUCAGGCAUUUCUGCAGCCAAAGGGCUUUAUGUUUCAAGUGCUAUUCAUAAGGCCCACAUAGAGGUUAAUGAACGCGGUACAGUAGCCGCAGCCACCACCGGGGUUGUCAUGGCAAAACGAUCACUUGAUAUGAAUGAGGUGUUCUAUGCUGAUCACCCAUUUCUUUUCAGUAUACAUCACAAGCCAUCUAAUGCUAUUUUAUUUCUAGGUAAAGUUAUGCAGCCAACCCGUGUAGGAGAAAAAGUGAGCCCCCACUCAGAUAAACCCUUGUCAGAUGAACUUUAAUGAGUAUACAUGUUUUACAUAGCUACAGGUUAUUUUGAUGAUUCAAUGAAAUCAAAUUAUUUAGAUUGACUCAACAAUGAGUGCUUUAAGGAAAAACUGUGUUGUCAUUUCCUUUAAGGGUGUACUGACAUCUGUUGCUAAGGAAAAGUGAAUAAAGCAUAAAAGCCUUGUAGAAAGCCAUAAGGGUCUGAUAUUUGCCAAGUUGACCACCAAAAGUGUGCUGACUAUUAUGAUGACGUUACCCCAUGAUGUCAUAGAUACAGAUAAAAGCAAACAUUUCAAGUAAAAUUGCUCACAAACAAA